AUGAUGAACUUUUUUUCACAUGUUAGCCAAGCGAUCUCCCUUUUUGAUUGAGAAAUAAUACUAGAAGUCUAAAAUAAAUAACGCUAAAAUGCAUAAUAGCACAAUUUAAUUUGCUAACAUGAAAUUGUUCUUGCCACGGUGCAGUCAGUUAUGUCUACUGCGGUUCCUUUUCUUUCCGUGGCUGUAGCCUGGUUCGUGAUUUUUGGAAUUUUUUUACUUAUCAUCUUAGCGUGUUGCUGCUGUUGUAACGGAGGAGAUUCAAGUGAUGAUGGCUAUUCUAAAGCACUCCAUCAUUUGUCCUUGACUUUGCUUAUCUUCUGCACCAUUGCGGCAAUAGGUGGAUGCGCUGUCCUGUACUCUGGUCAGGGGAAGUUUCGUGAAAGCACUUCGAACACACUUGAUUACGUUGUGAAUCAGGCUCAAUUAGUAGCCGAAAACCUCCGGAACGUGACAAGUUAUUUUGAUUCAGCUAAGCAGCUUGUGAAUGGGAUUCCUCUGCCACUUGAUCUUGGAUCCAACAUUGAUGAUGCCGCCAAAGUGAGAGUCAUCACUGCUACUGAUUCUCUCUCCAAAAAGGCUAAAGAAAAUUCGAGGAUGAUACAUAAAGUCAUAGAUGGAGUGAGACUGGCUCUUGUUAUUGUUGCUGCUGUUAUGAUCUUUGUUGCAUUGCUCGGAUUGCUAUUUUCUUUACUUGCUUUGCCGUGUCCUGUAUACUCCUUAGUGGUUAUUGGAUGGAUUCUUGUUACGGGCACCUUGUUACUUUGUGCUGCAUUUCUUUUUGUUCAUAAGUAAGUUACAAGCUAUUUGCUUGAAUUAAAUUGUUCAUCUUCAUGAAAUCCAAUACAAAGCUUGUGAUAGAUAGAUAAAUAAUUGAGUGGAAUUAAUAUAUAGUCAUUAUCUAAUGUUACACUUGCAUGUGUGCAUAUAAUAGAAGACUUACUUGAAUAUUAAUGCGUAUAUAUAUAUAUAUAACCCCACUGCCCACACUGCCUUGGACGACAUUCUUCCAUGCGUGGAAAAUGCAACUGCCAUGAAAACCCUUCUACGAAGCAAGACUCUCACAUAUACCAUUGUUGACGCAUUUGACCAAAUCAUUUCCAAUUUCACAAAUGCAAAUACCACAGCUAUUUUCAAUCAAUCAGGUCCCCUCGUCCCUCUUCUCUGCAAUCCAUAUAAUGCCGACUUCACCUCUCGCCAGUGUGCGCCAGGGGAAGUCACAUUCAAAAACGCCAUCGAGGUGUGGAAGAAUUAUACGUGCCAGGCUUCAUCAUCUGAACAAUGUACGAAUGAAGGUCGUUUGACACCGAAGAUAUACAACAAACUUGCAUCUGCAGUGAAUGUGACGGAUGGUUUAUUUCAUUAUGGGCCAUUUUUCGUUGAUUUAGUAGAUUGCACUUUUGCACGUAAAGCAUUCUCAGAGAUUAGCAACAACUAUUGUCCUUCUCUGCGGAGAUAUACUGAAAGAGUUUAUUUGGGAACGGUUGUGGUAUCUGCGGCCGUAAUGCUCUCUUUGAUAUUUUGGAUCGUCUUUUUCAGAGAGCAGUGGCGGCGUCUUCGCAACUGAGGUGCUUAGCCAGACAAAGGCCAUCCUAGUACUAGUUUUAGAGGAAAAAAAAUUAAUUUUUGUGACAUAAUCAUGUAUAGUAUAAUUCUUCUCAUAUCAAAUAUUAGGAAACA